AUGACCUUCCACAGCUCGAAGUCGAAGCUCGGCGACUCGGAGGCGUCCGCGCGGGAGAAGACGAACGGCGCCGAGCUCUUCAGAUCGAAGCACGGCACCAGUAAAGGCUUACACGCGUCCUUCAAGCUCAAAUCCCUGCCGUUACCCCCUCGGAAAGCCCUCCUCAGCACGGCAUCCAUGCUCCUGCCGGAAAACCUCGUUCCCCGGCGGAAAACGCCGCCGCGCGCAGCUCGGAACAUCUCCUCCCGAUUCUCCGACAAGAAGGCCACGGCGUCCCUCGCCGAGAAGAUCGGGCGUCCGUCGCCGUCCCCGACGACGAGCAUCGCGGCGAGGAGAGCGCCGAUUCCUGUGCCGGCGACGAUGUCGAAGAAAUCGACAAUUCGAGCGUUUGGAUCUCCGGUUUUCUCCCGGAUCUGGUUCUCGAGGUGGACAAGGGCGGCGCCGGCGACGACGGCGGAGGUUCCGCCGCCGUCAAUGCUCAGAACAGCCGUCUUCUUCCCCUGGCAGUGGUACAGCCACUUCUGCUCCAGCCUGGAGAAAAUCUCGAGAGUCGCCUUACUCAGCUCCAUGCAAAACAAGAAGAACCAGAAAAACAAACUCAUCAUAGCGAAUAUUUCGAACACGUUUAGCAUCUGA